GCGGGGAGCCGCGAUGGAGCCUGGGGCGGCCAGGAGCACCCGGGACCCCCUAUCGGUGUGGCCCCGAGCCCUCGGAGCAGGACAAGGGGCGACAGAGUCUUGGUGCCCCGUGCGGGGAAUGGGGGCACUGCUGGCUCACACUGGUCCUGGGAGCUGCGUCCCACGCUGCAGCCGUCUCCGCUGCGCCUCGAAGUUUGGUGGCUGAUUUGGAAAGUUGCGCCGGGGCUCCAACAUCACGGCAGGUUCUGCUCACUGUCGCUUUUCUCCUCCGCGGGGUCCCAGCCUCACCAACACCCGUAGCCCCGCCUGCCCGGGGCAUGUGAGCCACCGCCCCUGAGGCCGGGCGGGAGGCUCCGGGCCCGGUACCUCUAGGCUGCACACCACCGAGGGGUGCGCCCCGGUCCCAGCCGUACUCGCCAUGGGCAUCCAGGGUAUGGAGCUGUGCGCCAUGGCCGUGGUGGUGCUGCUGUUCAUUGCCGUCCUCAAGCAGUUCGGCAUCUUGGAACCCAUGUCCAUGGAAGACAGCAGUGACAGUGAACUGGAGUUGUCCACGGUGCGCCACCAGCCAGAGGGCUUGGACCAGCUGCAGGCCCAAACCAAGUUCACCAAGAAGGAGCUGCAGUCCCUUUACCGAGGCUUCAAGAGUGAGUGUCCCACAGGCCUGGUGGAUGAAGAUACUUUCAAACUCAUUUAUUCACAAUUCUUCCCCCAAGGAGAUGCCACCACCUACGCACACUUUCUCUUCAAUGCCUUCGAUGCUGAUGGGAACGGGGCCAUCCACUUUGAGGACUUUGUGGUGGGGCUGUCCAUCCUACUUCGAGGGACGGUCCACGAGAAGCUCAAGUGGGCCUUCAAUCUUUACGACAUUAACAAGGAUGGUUACAUCACCAAAGAGGAGAUGCUGGCUAUCAUGAAGUCCAUCUACGACAUGAUGGGCCGCCACACCUACCCCAUCCUGCGGGAGGAUGCGCCCCUGGAGCAUGUGGAGAGGUUCUUCCAGAAAAUGGACAGGAACCAGGAUGGAGUGGUGACCAUUGAUGAGUUUCUGGAGACUUGUCAGAAGGAUGAGAACAUCAUGAGCUCCAUGCAGCUGUUUGAGAACGUCAUCUAGGACUCGUGGGAGGGGACCCUGGGUGGCCAUUGCUUCUCAGCCCGGAGAAGCCGCAACCCUGCCAGGAGUAGCCUCUAUGAGAAACAUUUUUCUAAUAUAUUUUCAAAAAGUGAGUUUACUUCCAACACACACACACACACACACACACACACACACACACACACUUCCUCUGGCUCAGCAAACAAAGUGGCAGCCAGGAGGCACCGCCAGCUAUUCCCAGGCCAAUACAUGAGGCUGCCUCUGGGGUGGCCAGCCCUGGAUAGAUGUUACCCAUAAGGAGCUCAGAGGCCAUGAAGGCCUGGUCUACAAAGCAAAGGUCCCCUGUGUCUUUUCCACCACUUGGGAGACCAGGCUACUCCCUGCCAUGGAUCCAUGCCCCUAGGAAGCACCCAGAAACCCUGCAGGGCCAAGAGGGCUCUGAGUAGAGGAGAAAUGGUGAUAGAAGCUGAGCCUGCAGCCUCAUGCUAAUGCUUAUCUGGGGUCCUGGAACCCCAGUGCCAGGCCACCUAUUAUGGGGUGAGCUUAGGUAGUGAGGUGCCACUGGGCUAUGCCCUCCUUUAAGAGCAGGGCAUGACAUUUUGGAGAAAAUGAGGGAAACAAUGUGUCCAUACCACUGGGUGAAGACAACUGGCCAAUGGGAAUGUGGGGGGUGGAGCUCUCCCAACUCCCAGCACCAGGCUGGCCUCUCCAAGGUCCUCUUUGGUUCUAGGGAGAGGUCACCUGGCUCAGGGACUGAUCACCAGGGAGCUGGACUGUAAUGGGAGAGGCCUGGUAGGGAGUAUCUCCUUCUUCUUUCCUGGCUACUUGCCACCCAGGUCCUUGGCACAGUGGAUCAGCCACACCUCUGCGGCUGCCCUUCAACAGGUCCAUCCCAACCCACACACAAAAAAGCACAAACACGCUAGGAGCUCAGGCCACGCCCACAAGGGAAGGCAGGGGUCCCCUGGUUGGGGAAGGUCUGGGUCCCCAUAGCCCUGACUCAGAGGCCUGAGGAAGAUGCUUGGUAGUCCAUCCUGUGCGUCAGAGCCUUGGGGCCUCCUCACAGACCUUUCCCAGCCCAGCUCGCCAAUAUUCUAAAGCACAAAACCUAAGGACUCUGCUUACCCGGGGCUGCACCCUGGGGUUCGGAGUCUGUGUCAGCCCUAAGCUGGGGCUAGCCAUGAAGGCUGGGGACCUGUGAUCAGAAAACAGGUUGGCAGACCCUCAGAGAAUAGAGAGAGAGAGCUGCUCCUGCCUCCCCCCAAAAAGGGAUGUGUCCCAGGCAGCACGUUCCCUGGAGGAACAGUCCCACAAAAUACAUUCCAUCAACUGCAGCCCAGUCUCCGCUCAGUCCCAGCUCUGAGAGUCCAUGCGCGUUCCCCAGAAGGCCAGCCCCAGGAUAAGGCAGGUCCUUAAGAGGAAAGACAGGGUGACUAUACACAGGUGGAUCCCCCCUCAGGGCUGCACUGAACCCCAUCUCCAUCCUGACUGGGGCCCCCCCUUUACCCCAUCUAGAGACCAUCAGCUUCCCCUGGCUCAGGGACCUCCGCUACCCCAGCCUGACCUUUCCAUUGGGGUCCCUGUGCUUGUGAGAAGCUGAGGCCAUGGGAGAAGCCUACCACUCUAACCUGCUCCACCCCUUAGCCUCUGGCUGCACGUCCAACCAGAAGGGGGUCUGUCCCCUUUGCAGGGACACGGACUGGCCGCAUGUCUGCAUGGCAGAAGCGUCUCCCUUGGGAGCAGCCUGGGAGGGUGGUUCCUGUCUCAGUGCCCACCAAUAUCCAGUCCUAUAUAUUUUAAUAAAAUAAACUUGACAAA